GCGGAUGUUUUAUAGUAAUGCCAACCAAAUCUAAUGCAAAUCGGUUACGGUGUUAUUCGGAAUUUUAAUCUCGGACAGAGUGGCAAUGCCCAAGUCGAUUGUAUAUUUUCUUCUGUGGAUUCUGACGCUGAGUUUUGCCAACUGCAGACCGGAUUUCUCAUGGUUAUUCCCCGGCUAUAGUUACCCCAGUCGUCCUCCGGCUCGAAAGCCUAGUCGGUCCUACAAGGAAAUCUGCCGCGUGGUGAACAGCAACGGAUUCACCAACCCAGGCGGAGUGCCUAAGUGUCCCUUCUAGAUUUUUUAGGUUGUUAAAAAGUUACGCAUAAUAAAUGUAAAAAGAAGGUU